AUGCAGAAGCGACGUCACGAAAUAGACAUUCAUAAAGACAUGUUAAGAGCGCAGAUCAAGUCUUCUGAGGAAGAAAGACAGACAGUCAGGUACAGUAGUGGAGGGAACGUAGCAACCUGUGUCAUUAGGGGGGUAUUCGGGUGUUUAAGGAAAGGCGUUUUUGAGUGACGUAAGACAACCGGAAGUGAACCGUUUUCCCUAGUAAACUCGUGAAUGCCCAAGGUUAUCCAAAGGGUUUUUGUGAUGGGUUUUGAUAUGUAAAUGUGUCACUCGCUCACUUUGAGUUGACAGAGAUCGGCUCUUCGGCUCCGAUCCGAACUCGCUGCCCAAUAUGAAAACGACAUGGUUCGUUGUUGCCGAAGGGCGCCUGAGUUGUACUUGCACUCACGCAUCCUCGUGAGAGAACCCUGCCUAAUAUUGCAAAAAGUGCACUUCCGGUUGUCAUGAGUCCCGCAAAAACAUCUUUGCUUAAGCUCGCUAUUUACCGGGUUCUUAGCUUAUGAGAGAAGACCCGGGGAACGAAGUUAUAUCAGUGAAAGGACAAAAACCGAUCGUGGGAGCAUGGAAGGUUGAAGAAAACGGAGUAAAUGUGUAGUAGACGGGGGAAAGGUGCUUUGAAAAGCAUGCAAGAUAAUCAGUAGGAAAUGGAAGUUAGUGGAAACUCCUUACUUUCAUGUCCUCACCUCUAGUACCUACAAGAGCCGAAACAGUCGUUUUUUAUCAUUAAUCAGAAUCGUCACCAAAUGCUCGAAUGAGACAAGCACGCGGUGGUAAAACGCAAGAUGUUGACUUACCUUUUGGGUUUGCUGGAUUGAGAUUCCACUUGCGCAUUUUCUUUCCUUGAGAACAGAGCCUUCCUUACUUUUCUUUUGAUGAUAAUAUGGUUUCAUUUUUCAUCUUGCAGCUCAGAACUUCACGAACGGAUAUCCAAGAUCGACAAAUUAAGAAAGAGGUAUGUAGUUUGUCAUCCACAAUAGAUAUAGAAAAUUCAGUGAAUCAACACAAGGACAACUGAAAACACAGGACGUGUAGCCAAAAGAAAAAACGCCCCAGAACUUAACUCGUCUGAAAGUGCAAAACCGAAGCAGUUAUGGAGUGACAUUUCGUGUUUUCUUACACCAGGUACGAAAUUCUGAUGAUCUCCAUGGCACCUCCCGAGGGGGAGGAGGAGAGGUCUCAAGCUUAUUACGUCAUCAAGGCAGCCCAGGAAAAGGAGGAACUACAGCGAGAGGGUGACGAACUGGAUGCUAAGAUAAGGAAAGCUGAAAAGGAGAUCAGGUUAGAUUGACUGGCUUUCUCAAAGUUAAGUUGGUCGUGAUCCGCUUCGGCUUCAUCAUCAUCGUCAUCCUCAUCAUUCUCAUCAUCAAAAAUAAAUUUCCAUUAUUUAUCUCGCCAGUAUUUAUAGCAUUAAUGCUAGUUGGGCUGAGCAAAUGCCUGAAACAAAUAAUUCAAAUUGAACUUAACAGGGUUAAGAAUCCCUGGACGGAGGCAAACCAGUCGGCUAUUUACAAGCGUGGACGAGGAUUUGAACUCGGGACUACUGAGAGCAAAUCCAGCUCAGUAGCGGUCAGAGCGGGACCAGCGCUCCAACCACUCGGCCACGCUGCCUCCGAUAUAUACGUACAUCAUCAUCAUCAUCAUUAUCCACCACCACCACCACCAUCAUCAUCAACAAUAGUUUUUCUUGAAAACUCAUUUUCGUCGUCAUUUUAUCGCUCUUAGAUAUUAAAAGUAUCGUACUUAUCUUUAAAAUCAACCUCUCUUAACCGACAGUUCUGAUAAUCUGAUACUGAUCAAACUAGUUUAUUGUAUUUUUUCUUCUCUUUAUAGGGCGUUAGAGAACACAUUGCGUUUGAUGAAUGGACGUAACGAGACUUACAGGAAAAGCUUCAACAAGGUAGACGAGAUGAGUGAGGAGUUUGACGAGAAGCAGCGCUUGGAAGAUCAGAUGCGUGCUGUAAUGGACAAAUACAAAUACAAACGUCGGCAAAUUCGCGAGCUUCAAGAGGAUUUGGGCUCCAUGCAGAACACGCUGGACAGUUUAACCGCAGACGAACAAGCUUUGGUUGAGGUUAUCACUGAAAAANCCUUCCUUACUUUUCUUUUGAUGAUAAUAUGGUUUCAUUUUUCAUCUUGCAGCUCAGAACUUCACGAACGGAUAUCCAAGAUCGACAAAUUAAGAAAGAGGUAUGUAGUUUGUCAUCCACAAUAGAUAUAGAAAAUUCAGUGAAUCAACACAAGGACAACUGAAAACACAGGACGUGUAGCCAAAAGAAAAAACGCCCCAGAACUUAACUCGUCUGAAAGUGCAAAACCGAAGCAGUUAUGGAGUGACAUUUCGUGUUUUCUUACACCAGGUACGAAAUUCUGAUGAUCUCCAUGGCACCUCCCGAGGGGGAGGAGGAGAGGUCUCAAGCUUAUUACGUCAUCAAGGCAGCCCAGGAAAAGGAGGAACUACAGCGAGAGGGUGACGAACUGGAUGCUAAGAUAAGGAAAGCUGAAAAGGAGAUCAGGUUAGAUUGACUGGCUUUCUCAAAGUUAAGUUGGUCGUGAUCCGCUUCGGCUUCAUCAUCAUCGUCAUCCUCAUCAUUCUCAUCAUCAAAAAUAAAUUUCCAUUAUUUAUCUCGCCAGUAUUUAUAGCAUUAAUGCUAGUUGGGCUGAGCAAAUGCCUGAAACAAAUAAUUCAAAUUGAACUUAACAGGGUUAAGAAUCCCUGGACGGAGGCAAACCAGUCGGCUAUUUACAAGCGUGGACGAGGAUUUGAACUCGGGACUACUGAGAGCAAAUCCAGCUCAGUAGCGGUCAGAGCGGGACCAGCGCUCCAACCACUCGGCCACGCUGCCUCCGAUAUAUACGUACAUCAUCAUCAUCAUCAUUAUCCACCACCACCACCACCAUCAUCAUCAACAAUAGUUUUUCUUGAAAACUCAUUUUCGUCGUCAUUUUAUCGCUCUUAGAUAUUAAAAGUAUCGUACUUAUCUUUAAAAUCAACCUCUCUUAACCGACAGUUCUGAUAAUCUGAUACUGAUCAAACUAGUUUAUUGUAUUUUUUCUUCUCUUUAUAGGGCGUUAGAGAACACAUUGCGUUUGAUGAAUGGACGUAACGAGACUUACAGGAAAAGCUUCAACAAGGUAGACGAGAUGAGUGAGGAGUUUGACGAGAAGCAGCGCUUGGAAGAUCAGAUGCGUGCUGUAAUGGACAAAUACAAAUACAAACGUCGGCAAAUUCGCGAGCUUCAAGAGGAUUUGGGCUCCAUGCAGAACACGCUGGACAGUUUAACCGCAGACGAACAAGCUUUGGUUGAGGUUAUCACUGAAAAACAAGCCAAGACGACAAAUUUGCAAAAGGAGCUAGACGAUCAAAAAACUAAGAAGGACAGGGCCUCUCGCGAGGCCGCUAAAAUUGCUCGCACUGUAAGAAGCGCGAAAAAGAGCCCAGGAGAACUUCAUGAAGAGAAGGAUAUGGACUUGAGAGAGCUACGAGAGUUUAACACGCGCACCAUGAAACAGAUGGGUGAAGUACUACACAAUUACCCGGAUCUCGCUCCCAGUGUCCAGAUUUAUUUUAGCCAGGCCGGGUUACCUAUGCCGCCGUCCCCAGGACCCGGGGCCUCUCGGCCUACAUCAUCGCGCAGUUCAAGGAGCUCAGGAACGGUCUCGUCCGCCCGGUAAGAUUGGAAAAACAUAUUUAUCCCUUAAAAUAUCGAGCUGAGUACAUGUAAUUGUACUACAAAGCCUUUUGUGUUUUUCUGACAUCGCAAGAUUUUAGACGCAGUACUUAACAAAAUUUAGCAUUGAAGUAAGUCUGUUCCUUGAUGGAGUUAGUUGGAGUAAGUAAGUCGCCUAAAUUGAUUAUUGAAUUUGAACGGAAUCUGUAUCAACGUCGCAUCUUUACCUCCUGUAUGAAGAGAGUUGGGGGCUCACAAUUUACACAAACCACCCGAGUGGAAAUCUUAUACAUAAGCAUGAAACAGUAUAAUAUAUAUGGUGGGAGAGGGGAACAAUCCAUUACAAUGUUUAUGUUGUAGUUAAUUUUUUAUUUCAGUUAAUUUUUAUUUAUCCAUUGUUUUGGGGUAUGGUAAUACAUGCUAACGAACUUAAUACAAAGGAAAAACAAAAAAAAACUGGAAUAAAAAAUUAACUGCAACAUAUAUAUUGAAAUCAGUUGAAUAGACUAAAAAAUGCAGAAAAAUUGCUUCCCCUCAAAUCACAGCCCAAAUUAGCCUGCUUAGCAGGCGCUUGGAAGUAGUGGGCACAAGAAAAAACGGGCGCGCGAGAGGGAGACACGCGAGGGGAGAGGUAGCACCCCUCGUGUGUCUCCCUCGCGCGCGUUUAUUCUCUUUUUCGCCCAUUACUUCCAAGCGCGUGUUAAGCAGGCUAAGCCCAUAUUUUCUGAAGCUUUCCAAUAAACUGAAUGGCGCGACUCAUUUGAUUUUCCCACCGGAAUUUCCGGUUUUCCAAUGCAAAUUGUUAGUACCCCAGAUGCCUUUGCACUUGAGUUGAAUGUUCUUCCUGUAACUGGUUUGUUUAAUGAUCGUCUUGUAGAUCUGAUGUAUCCACCGGAAGUCGGCGUGGUGUUGGUACAGUAGAUAUUGGAACCUUGGCUCUCACCGGAGCUGCGAGUCCAACAGGGGCCGGGAGCCCUAAACCAGGUAUGUUAUCUUAACAAAAUGCGCAUGUCCAAAAGGAUAGAAUGCCAAACUUACCGGUUCUUUGCUUCGGCCUCGGCUGUCAAAAGCUUUUGAAUGCAUCCCUAAAAACUGUCUGCAUAAACUCACAUAGCAAUAUUGAACUCACCCACAUAGCAAUAUUGAAUUGGGUAAUAAAGAGUAUGAUAUAUUUCGUUUUGUCUUUUUAUGAGACUUUAUUACAAUAGUUGCUCCUUUUAUACGACGAAUAAUUCCUUAUUUUCCUCAAAGAUAGUCAUCAUCAGCGCAAAGGCGCAUAAGGGCGACGCGCUGUCUGUCCAACCCGCCCUGUUUAGAUGGAAAAAGGCGAGGGCGCAAAACAAUUUCCUCCCGUGACGCGGGGCGGGGCGGGGCGUCAGUGGAAAGGAAGAAAGAAGAAAGACUAGAACACUCUCACGUGCUUAUUUCGCUAGCUCUUCAAUCCAUGAGGAAAAAGGAAGUGCUUGAAGGCUAGACUCCGUUAUUUCUCCAACAUACGUUGCCUUCGAUUGAUCUUUUACUAGGGUGACAGCACGUGAAAAGUUUAGUACAAUUUUUAACAUGUUUCAUUUGUUUCCAGGUGUGUCUCCAACGGGAAGUGCGCGGGGGAAGAAGUCAAGUUCCAGGCCGGGCUCCGCA